AUGGCCGCUCUCCGCUCUACCGCUUCUGCUCUCUUGGGCGCCGCCGCCGCGAGGCCUUCGCUUCGCAUGGCCGCCGCCGCCCCGUCUGCCUUCCGCGGCAUGGCCCAGCUCGCCGACGCCGCCCAGCAGAACAACACGGCUUCCGAGCAGGCCAACCUCAAGACCUUCCAGAUCUACCGCUGGAACCCCGACCAGCCCUCCGAGAAGCCCAAGAUGCAGUCCUACACCCUCGAUCUUAACAAGACCGGCCCCAUGGUUCUCGACGCCCUCAUCCGCAUCAAGAACGAGAUCGACCCUACCCUCACCUUCCGCCGCAGCUGCAGAGAGGGUAUCUGCGGCUCUUGCGCCAUGAACAUCAACGGCACCAACACCCUGGCUUGCUUGUGCCGCAUCCCCAACGAGGACAAGGCCGACAUGAAGAUCUACCCUCUGCCGCACACCUACGUCGUCAAGGAUCUCGUUCCCGAUCUCACCCAGUUCUACAAGCAGUACAAGUCCAUUAAGCCCUACCUGCAAAGAGAUACCCCUGCCCCAGAUGGAAGGGAGUACAGACAGACCAAGGCGGACCGCAAGAAGCUCGACGGUCUUUACGAGUGCAUUCUCUGCGCGUGCUGCUCGACCUCGUGCCCUUCAUACUGGUGGAAUUCGGAGGAGUACCUCGGCCCCGCCAUCCUUCUCCAGUCCUACAGAUGGCUUGUCGAUUCCCGUGACGAGAAGACGCUCCAGCGCCAGGAUGCCCUUAACAACUCGAUGAGCUUGUACCGCUGCCACACCAUUCUCAACUGCACAAGGACAUGCCCUAAGGGUCUCAACCCCGGCCAGGCCAUCCAGUCCAUCAAGAAGCAGAUGGCUUUUUAA